AUGCCAUCCGCCGCUUCUUCUGGUUUCAAUGUGCUUCGGGAUACCAGGCCGGAGGAUCAUACCCUCCCUGCCUUCAUGGUGUCGACGACUCGAGGAUUCUUGCCGAGGCAGGAACCCGUUGUCACACUUCCCGUCGAGUUUGAUGCACUAGAGUCUGUCUUGAGCCGCAUGCCUAUCAAGACUGCUACCGGCGCCCCGGGUCUCCUGGCAGAGUUCAAGCUCGGCGAGACGGUCCUGAAGGAGCUACCUGACCUGAGCAGCGCUAUUGAAAAGUACCAGAGUGAUCUUCCACUCAUGAAUGCCCUGUAUAGGGACUACUCUUUCUUGGCCUCUGCCUACCUGCUGGAGCCAUGCCACGAGAGGUUUGUUAGGGGAGAGCCCUAUGGUCUUGGUAGACAGCGGUUGCCCAGCAGCAUCGCUAGACCCAUUGCCAGGGUCGCAGAGCUAGCUGGCUUCAAGCCCUUUAUGGAAUACGCAGGCUCCUAUGCUCUAUUCAACUACCGUCUGGUAGAACCAUCCAAGGGCCUGGAGUACUCCAACCUCCGCCUGAUUCGCGCUUUCGAGCAUGGCCUCGACCCAACUUCAUCUGAAGCUGGGUUUGUGCUCGUGCAUGUCGACAUGGUCAAGCAGUCUGGCGAGCUCGUCGAGGGUGCCGCUGAUGCCAUCGAGGGCUGUACUGCCCACGACCGAGCCGCCUUUGACAGCGGCCUAGCCAAGGUUGUCUCUGCCAUGAAGAAAGUGAACAAAGUCAUGGACGGAAUGUGGAACAAAAGCAAACCAAACGACUAUGUCAGCUUCCGCACUUUCAUCUUCGGCAUCACCAGCCAAUCCAUGUUUCCCCAUGGAGUCGUUUACGAGGGCGUUAGCGACGAGCCCUUGUCUUUCCGCGGCGAGUCUGGUGCCAACGAUAGCAUGAUCCCUCUCUGCGAUAACCUUCUCCAGAUCCCCAUGCCCAACACUCCAUUGACCGAGAUCCUCAAGGAUUUCCGGUCCUACCGUCCGGGCAACCAUCGCGAGUUUCUCGAAUGGGUCAAGGACCGCUCGAUGAGCAUCAAGUUGCGAGAAUACGCUAUGGAAGAAGAGACUUCUACUGCACUCUAUCUCCAAAUCCUCAAUCAAGUCCGCGAAUUCCGCUGGCGUCACUGGUGCUUCACUAGGGAAUAUAUCCUGAAGAAGACGGCCCAUCCGACUGCAACUGGUGGUAGUCCUAUUGUUACUUGGCUGCCCAACCAACUGCAAGCAGUUCUCGAUCAUAUGGUGUCCAUUUAUGAAAAGAAUCCCGACAAGCCCCAUAUCAAAGCCACCUGCGAAGACAUCAUGCAAACGGCAUAUCACCAGCAGGAUAACCUUCGACGGGAAGUAGACAAGUAUUGUCGGGAAAGGAACGUGAACAAGGAGUAG